GACCGCCCCGCCGUCCUCCAACUGCACUGCAGCGCCGUCCGCCUGAGCCGCCCCUCCGGACGCGAUUUCCCCGCCGCACGGGCGCUAUGAGGAGAACUCCAGCGGCACUUGGCCCCCGCGUCGACGAGAAAGAGACGGAGUGACGAGGCAGGUAGGCAGGAAGGAAGGAAGGAAGGAGCCCGCUCCUCAGGCCGCCCCUCCCCCGCGCCCUUCCUGCCCCCACCGCUUCUCCUCACACGGCCCCGGCGGUUUGGCCGCCGCUCUGUCAGAUUCUUUUCUCCAGCGGACGCGCCAUCCUUCGCGUCAUAUUCCUCCGCCGGGGAAAUAGUCCGUCCCUUCACCGUGUCUCCCCAGCGCCCCCACCCCGAGGAAAAAAAGAACCUCUCCUGGCCGUCGCCUUCUCACGUGACUGACUCGCUAGGAAGGAAGGAAGGAAGGCCAGCGAGCGAGGAAGAAAGGCGUAGCAUCAGAAAGCCGAGCGGUGCUGCUCCUCUUUCCUGCCCCUCGCAUCAGAAAGGGGCGGGGAGUGACUGGAUUGUAGGGCUGGGCGGAGGCGGCCGCGAGCCCAGGCGCUGCUGCUGCUGCUGCUGCUGCUGCUCAUAGGAAUGAAGAGGAUGGUGGCCUGCUUACGAUAAGGCGAAGUGGAAAAGGGGCUGGGAAAAGACUAAAGGGGGGGCGCCCUCCUUUAAGGGUGGGGGGCUGAUCUUUACACUCUGCUUUUCUUCUCUUCGCUGAGAGGACGAAACGGAGCAGAGAAAAGGAAGAGAAACCAGAGGAGGAGAAAGUCGAUCCGGUAGGGGGGAAAAGCUAACAGCUAACAACCAUGUCAGGGCGCCCGAGAACCACCUCCUUUGCAGAAAGCUGCAAACCGGUGCAGCAGCCUUCAGCCUUUGGCAGCAUGAAAGUUAGCAGAGACAAAGAUGGCAGCAAAGUGACUACAGUAGUAGCAACUCCCGGACAAGGUCCAGAUAGGCCUCAAGAAGUUAGUUAUACAGACACUAAAGUGAUCGGGAAUGGAUCUUUUGGUGUUGUUUAUCAAGCCAAACUCUGUGACUCAGGAGAGCUGGUUGCCAUUAAAAAAGUUCUGCAAGACAAGAGAUUUAAGAAUCGAGAGCUUCAAAUCAUGAGAAAGCUUGAUCAUUGUAACAUUGUCAGAUUACGUUAUUUCUUUUACUCCAGUGGAGAGAAGAAAGAUGAGGUAUAUCUUAAUUUGGUGUUGGACUAUGUUCCUGAGACAGUAUACAGAGUGGCAAGGCAUUACAGUAGAGCCAAACAGACGCUGCCCAUGAUAUUUGUGAAGUUGUAUAUGUAUCAGUUAUUCAGAAGUUUAGCCUAUAUCCAUUCCUUUGGAAUAUGUCAUCGGGAUAUAAAACCACAGAAUCUUUUGCUGGACCCUGACACAGCUGUCCUAAAACUUUGUGAUUUUGGAAGUGCAAAGCAGCUAGUUCGUGGAGAGCCUAAUGUCUCUUACAUCUGCUCUCGAUAUUAUAGAGCACCAGAGUUAAUUUUCGGAGCCACAGAUUAUACUUCUAGUAUAGAUGUUUGGUCGGCAGGUUGUGUAUUGGCAGAAUUAUUACUAGGGCAACCAAUUUUCCCAGGAGAUAGUGGUGUAGAUCAGUUGGUGGAAAUAAUUAAGGUCCUUGGAACUCCCACAAGAGAACAAAUUAGAGAAAUGAAUCCAAACUAUACUGAAUUUAAAUUUCCUCAGAUUAAAGCACAUCCAUGGACUAAGGACUCGUCAGGAACAGGACAUUUCACCUCAGGAGUACGGGUCUUCCGACCCCGCACUCCACCAGAAGCAAUAGCUCUAUGUAGCCGUCUGUUGGAAUAUACCCCUACUGCCCGCCUGACUCCACUGGAAGCAUGUGCACAUUCUUUCUUUGAUGAAUUACGGGACCCAAACAUCAAACUGCCAAGUGGGCGAGAGAAACCUGCACUCUUUAACUUCACUACUCAAGAAUUGUCAAGUAAUCCAUCUUUGGCUUCAAUCCUCAUACCUGCUCAUGCUCGGAAUCAAGCUGUUUCAACCCCUACCAAUACUUCAGCAGCCUCAGAUGCCAGUGCAGGUGAUCGAGGUCAGACCAAUAAUGUAGCUUCAACAUCAGCUUCCAACUCCACCUGAACUGAUCUCAAGCAGCAGCUUGUACAGGAACAAUCACCAGUAAUUUUGAGUCUUACUCAGCAACACUGGUCACAUUUGGAAAGAAAAUGUAAAAAGAAGGGGAAAAACUGUUCAUUAUAGUGUUGAAUUUUUAAAAAUUGUUGUUCUUAUUUAACCUUGUAAAAAACCAGUUUCAUUGUAUGCUCACUCUGCAGGCUCUUUGGGGCAGGGGAAUAAGUGGGGCGGGAAAAGGGAAAUGGAUUAUUAGAACACACCAAUUUCUCUUCCCAUGACAAUCUUCUAAUUUCAGACAAUUGCUGUUGUGUACUUUAGAAUCAGGAAUCUUAUCUGACGCCCUCCAACCAUCACCACCAUCACCAGAAAAAAGGAAAGAAAGAAACCCCUCAUUCUGCUGAAGCCUUGUAUUUUUAAGUGAAGUUUCAGUUUUUGGUGUAGUGCACAACUUGAAUUUGGUUAGGAGUUUAACAGAAGUUGCUCAUCUUGAGUAUAAUUUGCUGGAAUUAAAUGUUUUUGUGUUGGGUGAGGAGGAAGAACAAGAUGAGGUGCUACAAUAUGCUGAAUUGCCAAAGGGAACUAUGAAGGAGAGGGGAAGUUACAGUGUGAAAAACAGUUAGUAAGGAACAAAUCACCUUAAAUUUCAUUUGCCUCUGAAGAAUUUUGCAAACAUGUAAUAUUGCCUUGAAUGUACCUAUCCCAACAUUUUAGGCAGUGGAUAUUAAAAGAUCUGUAAAGCAUAGAAGAAAGCAUGACCAAUCAUAUCCACACCUCAGUAGAUGGGCAUAGGUGUGCAUAUCCCUCCAUGCAUAGAAAAUACAAAGAUCCUUCUGUGUUCUGUUUAGUCUAAAUUGACUUCUUUCUUGAAAAAGCAGACUGAAAAAAAAUGCAAGGGAUAUAAUGUGAAUGGACAUAAUAUUUUCAUAGCAUAUAGAGCUUUUAAGUUGAUAGAUUAUUUAACAGGUAGAUUUAAAUCCCAGUUUGAAUUUAUAUUUAAAUUCACAUUUUUCAGCUUCUUCCUUUCUAAUCUUUCUUUACUGGUUUUCAGGAAUUGCUUUUGUCACAAUGGAGAAUAUUAAUCUCUAGACAAAUAGUUUACUUGCUCCAGCUGUCAAGUGUGUGUGUAUGUGUAUAUUUGUGUUACAUAUAUGUACACACAAGCACGCAUGCACAUAUAUAGUGCUACUUUUUAUUUUUACAUCUAGUAAUACUCUGAAGCAGAAAUGCCUGUUUCCUGUGUCUUUGUUCUGGAUUAUUAAAUUGUGGCCAAAGGUCUCUGUGACAUGAAAGCAAUAUGCCUUGGAUGGUUUGAGAAAGGUUUUGAGAAAGUAUGCCAUUACUAAUGAGUGAAGCACUAAUGGGUUCUUGUGACUAGUUUCCUCUUUGAUUUGAUAGCUGUACUUAUUUAGCUUUACAUCAAAUUAACUUUAGUUUACCUUGCAAUAUCUUUCAUUGGUGAACCUUUUGAAAUUAGACUUGGGCCAAGGAGAGCAAGUAGUUUAUAUUCAUUUCUUAGGUGUGAAGUCAUUGAGGGAAGAGAAGCCCUCAUAUGAUGAAUAGGGCAUGUUCAGAAAGGAGUGGUGGGUUCUCUAAAAAAAAUCAGAUGACUUUAAAGACCGUUCACAUCAUCACUUAAACUGUUGUUAAGAGCCAUGAGUCAGGAAGCUGUCUUUCAAAAACUAAAGCUGACUGGAAAAGAAUCCGUAAUGAAUGGGAGGUCUAGAAGGUCCUCUUGCUGCAUGGAAUGAGCCCACAGGUGUCUUCCGUGUUGAGCGUACAACCAUCUUAGUCAGAGCUCAGUUUUGUAGUCAUGAUAGCAAGAUGGUCUGAAUUCAGAAAGAGGAGAUCUUAGGAGGAUUUGUAUUAUUUUUAUUGGUUUAAAUCUAAUAGAGGAGAAUAAUUAAAAGCUUUAACACUUUUUUUUUAAUGUAUAUGUGUGUGUAUGUGUGUGUGUGUAUAAAAACUAGGAUCCUGAUUUUUUUCCUAAGGAUCAUGGCAGAACUGCAAGCAAAAUUUUAUAUAAAUCUAGAUCCAGGUGUUUCAAUAUCAUUUUUUGUAAAUAAAC